AUGGACACUAUCCCAUCAGAGGAAGAGCAAGAUGAUACAAACACAGGUGGAGUCCGGGACGAUGGGCAGGACAGGGGCAUGAAGGAGGACAAGGGAGAGGCGUUCACUUGGGAGGUGAGAGCCAACAACCGCGCCUACCACAAGCAGUUCAAGCAGGGCUUCCUGUGCUGGCAGCAGAAGAGGUACAAGACCAACGCCAUCCACACGGCCAAGUAUAACGUCUUCUCCUUCCUGCCACUGAACCUGUAUGAGCAGUUCUCCCGAGUGUCCAACAUGUACUUCCUCCUCAUUAUCGUCUUACAGAGCAUCCCUGAGAUCUCCACGCUGCCCUGGUUCACACUAUUUGUUCCCCUGUGCUGCCUCUUCGUGAUCCGAGCCACCCGUGACUUGGUGGAUGACAUUGGACGACAUAGGAGUGACAAUGCCAUCAACAACAGGCCCUGUCAGAUUCUGAUGGGGAAGAGUUUGCUGUGGAAGAAAUGGAAGAACAUUUGUGUGGGAGACUUGGUGUGUCUCAGGAAGGACAGCACUGUCCCGGCUGACAUGCUCUUGUUGGCCAGCACGGAGCCCAGCAGCCUGUGCUAUGUGGAGACGGCUGACAUCGAUGGGGAGACCAACUUGAAGUUCAGACAAGCCCUGACGGUCACUCACAAUGAACUUACCAGUAUAAAGAAGAUGGCUGCCUUCCAUGGUACGGUGAUGUGUGAGGAACCCAACAGCAGGAUGCACCAGUUUGUGGGGAGCCUGGAGUGGAAAAACCAGAAGUAUCCGCUGAGCACCGGGAACAUUCUCCUGCGUGGCUGCAAGAUCCGCAACACCAGCACCUGCUAUGGGCUGGUCAUCUAUGCUGGUCUUGACACAAAGAUCAUGAAGAACUGUGGGAUGAUCCACCUGAAGAGGACGAAGCUGGACCUGCUCAUGAACAAGCUGGUGGUCUUGAUCUUCCUGUCUCUGGUGAUCCUGUCCAUAGCCUUGGCGGUGAGCUUCUAUUUCAUGGUAAAGGAGUUCAAAGACAAGCACCACUACGUGUCCAUCCUGUACUCCAGGUCGGUGGUCAUGGAAUCUUUCCUCAUGUUCUGGGGUUACCUCAUUCUGCUCAGCGUCAUGGUACCCAUGGCCAUGUUCAUCAUAGCGGAAUUCAUCUACCUGGGUAACAGUUUCUUCAUCAACUUGGACAUGCAUAUGUACUAUGAGCCAUUGGAUAUGGCCGCCAAGGCCCGCAGCACCAGUCUCAAUGACCAGCUGGGUCAGGUGCAGUUCAUCUUCUCGGACAAGACAGGCACGCUGACACAGAACGUGAUGACCUUCAAGAAAUGCUGUAUCAAAGGCAGAGUCUACGGUUCGGAAGCUGAAUAUGCGACCUCCCAAAAGGGGAACCCGUAUGAGUGGAACCCCUACGCCGAUAGGAAGUUCCCUUUCUACAACAAGGAGCUCACAGACAUCGUGCGGUGCAAGCAGGAUAGGAUGGUGCAGGAGUUUUGUCGCCUGCUGGCCAUCUGCCACACAGUGAUGGUCCAUGAGGACAGGGAAGGCCAGCUGCUAUACCAGGCUGCUUCCCCAGACGAGGAGGCGCUGGUCACAGCUGCCCGGAACUUCGGCUACGUGUUCCUGUCACGCACACAGGACACCAUCACACUGCUGGAGCUGGGAGAGGAGCGGGUCUACCAGGUCCUCGCCAUGAUGGAUUUCAACAGUGUGCGCAAGCGGAUGUCCGUGCUGGUCCGAAAUCCGGAGGGUUCCAUCUGCCUCUACACCAAAGGUGCAGACACUGUCAUCUUGGAGCGCCUGUCCAAGAAGGGCCCCAUAGAGCAGACCACAAAGGACAUCUUGUCUGACUUCGCGGAGGAGACGCUUCGGACGCUGUGCCUGGCCUACCGGGAGGUGGCGGAGGACUUCUACGAGCUCUGGAAGCCACGGCACCACGAGGCCAGCCUGCUGCUGAAGAACCGCGGGCAGGCGCUGCAGCGCCUCUAUGGCCACAUGGAGCAGGGCCUGGAGCUGCUGGGAGUCACGGCCAUCGAGGACAAGCUGCAGGACGGGGUCCCUGAGACCAUCCAGUGUUUGAAGAAGGGGGGCAUCAAAAUAUGGGUGCUCACGGGGGACAAGCCAGAGACAGCUGUGAACAUCGGCUUCUCGUGUCAGCUGCUGUCGGAGAACACGCUGAUCCUGGAGGAGAAGGACAUCAGCCGCCUCCUGGAAACCUAUUGGGUGAGCAACAAUAACCUGAGGAUGGCCAAAGUCUUGGCUCACCACAGCGUGGCCUUGGUCAUCAACGGGGACUUUCUGGACCAGCUGCUCCUGUCCCUGCGCAAGGAGCACCGGGUCCUGGUGCAGAACGCAGUGGUGGACGAGGUGUAUCGGGAAGCCUUCCAUUCCAAGGUGAACUUCCGCCAAAGCAGGCGCUUCUCCCAGGUGUUGCGGAACUUUGGCCCCUCUCAAGGCGCAUCAUCCUCUGACACCCCCGAGACCGAAGAGAGCCCUGAGGAGCAACAAGAGCGGGCCUUCGUGGACCUAGCCUCCAAGUGCCAGGCAGUCAUCUGCUGUAGGGUCACACCCAAGCAGAAAGCCCUGGUGGUGGCCUUGGUGAAGAAAUACCAGCAGGUUGUGACACUGGCCAUUGGGGACGGAGCCAACGACGUGAACAUGAUCAAGACUGCUGACGUCGGUGUGGGGCUGACGGGACAAGAGGGUAUGCAGGCGGCUCAGAAUAGUGACUACACUCUGGCGCAGUUCUGCCACUUGCAGAGGCUGCUCCUGGUGCAUGGCCGCUGGUCCUACGUGCGUAUCUGCAAGUUCCUGCGUUACUUCUUCUACAAGACCACGGCCAGCAUGAUGGUCCAGAUCUGGUUCUCUAUCUACAAUGGCUUCACUGCCCAGCCCCUGUAUGAAGGCUGGUUCCUGGCCCUUUACAACCUGCUCUACAGCACGCUCCCGGUCCUCUACAUAGGGCUCUUCGAACAGGACGUGAGCGCUGACCAGAGCUUGCAGAUGCCCGAAUUGUAUGUGGCAGGCCAGAACAACGAGCUGUUUAACUACUGGGUCUUCCUCCAGGCCAUCAGUCAUGGCAUCAUCACCUCCAUGAUCAACUUCUUCAUGACCUUGCUGGUCAUCCACAACACAGAGGGGCCUGCCAGCCAUGGCGAUUAUCAGACAUUUGCUGUGGUCAUGGCCCUGUCAAGUCUGCUGUCCAUCACCACUGAGGUCAUCCUCAUCAUCAGAUACUGGACUGUCCUCUGCGUUUUCACCAUUGUCUUCAGCCUCGGUGCGUACUUCAUCAUGACGUCCCUUACCCAGAGCUUGUGGCUCUACAGACUUGCGCCACACACCUUUCCAUUUCUGUAUGCUGACCGCAAUGUCUUGAGCCAGCCAUCUAACCUGUUGGUGAUCUUACUGAACGUUGUCAUGAGCACAGUGCCUAUCUUGGCCUUACGUUUGGUCUACACGAAGCUCAAGAAAGAAGGCCCUAAGGCUCCAAAAGAAGAAGUCUUUGUGGAGCCACCAAUGCCCCAGAUCCUCCGAGGUGCCCCAUCCCGGCGCUCAAGCUACGCCUUCUCCCACCGUGAGGGCUAUGCCGACCUCAUCACCCAGGGCACCAUCCUACAGAGACCCACCCUGGAUGAUACUGACACCGUCCACGAUUCUGACUCUUCUGAGGAGGAACAGCCAACACACCUCAAGGGAAGUUCCCCAUGGCGCCUCCGGAAGAUCUCCUUUAUUGUCAAGAGGAAGCGACCGUCCCAGAAGGCAUCCUGUGAGCAGUUGCCUCACACUGCCACUGUCACUAAGAGGCCACCUACCUUGAUGCACAGGCCAUCUGUGCCACUUCAGGAAGGCUACCAGUCUUCUGUUGACGAGGCUUUCUUCAGUACCAGCUCGGGUCAUGCUUUGGAAACCCAGUUAGAAGCCCUUGACAGGCCGUCGUCCAGGCCUGUGUUAGGGAACAUCUGGCCAGACACAUGGCAGGAGUUCCAAUCCCCUCAGGGAGACACGGAUUCAUCCGUCACUGUGACCAACCCGUCCCUGGCCAAGUCCCAGCCUUCAAGCAUAGCGGGGCAGUUAUCUGUUGACAAACAGGCUGUGGAGGCUGAUCUCUGGCCCACAGAGAGGCAGCCAUCCUCCAUGGAGGGUUUGCCAGUGUCCUUCCAAAACCAGGCUACACCCAACUCCACCAGUCAGCUACCAGAGACCUCAGGGGAGCAGUCAUCACCCUAUGAAAGCCACCCAGGGACCAAGAGAUCUCUCUCCAGUGACUAG